AUGUCCUCCCGUGCUCGUCCACCUUCCGCGCCCCGCAUCCUCCCCCGCCGCCCACCUUCCCCUUCCCCUUCCCUAGGCCAGGAUGACAGAACGACCUCCAUGAUCAUGAGAGGCCGCCAUGUGAGUGGCGACGAUGGCGCGGUCGAAGCAGUUAACAUGAAAGCCAUCGUCGGCGACGAGCUUGGUCAAGGUGCGACGGGUGGAGCUCCGGAGCGUACAACCAUGGGUAGGGGCGGGAGCAGAGCUUACUCAGCCACACCGGUUGCGGGAGGCAGCCAUAAGCUUGCCACAUGGGAAGCCGAGGAACCGCUCAGUGGCGGCAAAUGGUGGCCUGCACCUGCACGCCUUGGGCAUCAGCGAUGCUGUACAGCAAGGGUGGACGGUGGUGGAAAACGGCGGUGGGCGCACCGCCGGGGAGGCUUCGUGACCGGCGGCACCGGUUGGUCCAAGCCGCCACCGCCGGGCCUCGGCCCCGCCGCGGGGGUGGGCACGAAGAAGUCGGAGUGGUGGGCGGUGGACGGGGAGAUGCACGAGAUCGGGGACGGCGUGCCGCAUCGCGAGCGCUUCGCCAUCCCGCGGGACAACCUCCCUAACCGCCGCCGCAAGCAGAUGCGGGAGCAGUUCAUGCGCCGCACCCGCCUCGUUCUCAAAGACUCGGAACACGAAACAUGGUGCAAAAAGUACAUGGAAUUAUACCAAGAACUUAGAGAAAACUGGGAAAGGUUGUACUGGGACGAAGGUUAUUCAAAAAAGAUUGCUGAAUCUCAUGCUAAUUAUGACUCUGCUCAAGAAGAUGAUCUUGACUUCUCGCCAUACAGGUAG